UUCAAUUGUCAAUGUCACUCACAGAGUAAAUAUGUCAAAAGAGACUGCUCUCCUUGAUUUGUUGUUGCGAGACUUUGCUAGAAUUAUCUAUAUUGCAAUUAGAAUUCUACCUUUUGUUUUUAUUUUAUAACAACUCUAUAGAUUAAUAAUAAAAUGUUAGAAGUUACAUGCAAUGAUCGACUCGGCAAGAAAGUGAGAGUUAAAUGCAACCCUGACGAUACUGUUGGGGAUUUGAAAAAGCUUAUUGCGGCACAAACUGGUACAAGAUAUGACAAAAUUGUUUUGAAGAAAUGGUACACAGUAUUUAAGGACCACAUUAAGCUGUCUGAUUAUGAAAUUCAUGAUGGAAUGAAUUUGGAGUUGUAUUAUCAAUAAAUAUUAUAGUAUAGAAUUAUUUACUCUAAUUUUAAGUUAAAAUCUUAUUUAAU